AUGUCCAUGAGCGCGAACACCAUGAUCUUCAUGAUUCUGGGGGCGUCGAUCGUGAUGGCCAUCGCGUGCUUGAUGGACAUGAACGCACUGCUGGACCGAUUCCACAACUACAUCCUCCCGCACCUGCGGGGCGAGGACCGCGUCUGCCACUGCAACUGUGGCCGGCACCACAUCCACUACGUGAUCCCUUACGACGGGGACCAGUCGGUGGUGGACGCCUCCGAGAACUACUUCGUGACCGACAACGUCACCAAGCAGGAGAUCGACCUCAUGCUGGGGCUGCUGCUCGGCUUCUGCAUCAGCUGGUUCCUGGUGUGGAUGGACGGCGUCCUGCACUGUGCCGUGCGCGCCUGGAGGGCCGGCCGGCGCUACGACGGCUCGUGGACCUGGCUGCCCAAGCUGUGCAGCCUGCGGGAGCUGGGCCGGCGGCCGCACAGACCCUUCGAGGAGGCGGCCGGCAACAUGGUGCACGUGAAGCAGAAACUCUACCACAACGGCCACCCGAGCCCGCGGCACCUCUGAGCCGCACGCAGGACUCGCGGGGCUUCGGCCAACGCGCCCACGCACAAGGGACUGGACGGCCGCCC